AGAAUUCGAUAUUUUUUGCCUGACCGACGUCGAUAUUUUCGCUCUUGGAGUUUUCUUUCCAUUGUUUUGGAUAAAGAGUUGAUUUGACAAUUGACAGUCUGAUUUCGCUAUCUAAUCUAUAAUGAACGUGUGAUCGUAAAAUAAUCAUGUUGAUAAAAUAUCAGUGAUUUAUCGGUAUGGAAUAAACGUUCGAUUCAUCAAAGCGUAACAGUGAGAGGAGAAGAUUAUUAAAUAAAAAAUCUAUUUUUUUUCCUGCGUCAAAUGUUAUUUGGUGUUCAUUAUGGAGGAUUAUAAGUUUCUAUUUAAAGUAGUGUUAGUUGGUAAUGCGGGCGUUGGGAAAACAUGUUUGGUGCGUCGUUUUACUCAAGGCCUCUUCCCACCUGGGCAAGGUGCUACAAUUGGUGUUGAUUUCAUGAUUAAAACUGUUGAAGUUGACGGUGAGAAAGUGAAGUUACAAAUAUGGGACACUGCCGGUCAAGAGAGGUUCCGUUCAAUAACCCAGAGCUACUACAGGUCUGCACACGCCCUUAUAUUGGUGUAUGACAUAUCGUGCCAGCCAACAUUUGACUGCUUGCCGGACUGGCUCAGAGAAAUUGAGGAGUAUGCCAACAAUAAGGUUCUUAGGAUAUUAGUUGGUAAUAAAACUGACAGAGAAGACAGAGAGAUUCCGAGGCAUAUUGGGGAGGAUUUCGCUCAGCGCCAUGGCAUGUACUUCCUGGAGACUUCUGCAAAAGAGGCCGAGAAUGUCGAGCGAUUGUUCAUGGAGAUAGCUGUUGAACUAAUGGAACAAGCUAAGUGCAAGGAGUUGCCGAAAUAUGAUGGCAGCUUAGGACCGAUCAACGGGAAGACAACGUCGGUAGGCGACAGUUCAUGUUGUCUACGUUCGUAAAUAUUACGAAUUUAUCUCAUUGAUAUUAUUAGCUGUUAACAUUGCGGUGUUUUUGAAAAGAUGGUUUUUAUGUAGAUUGCAUAGGUAAGCUUGUCAUUUCUCUGUUUCUUAAAAUGCGUUUCUAUGUGCGCUGAACAACAAUUAAAAUAAUAUUAUGUAUAACAAGUUAACAUGCAGAUUUUACUAAUUCGUUUUCGGCACAGGCUUGAAAUUUAUCUAGACCUUUAUGUAUUUCUUUUAGUAUAACAUCGGCAAUAGCGCGCUUCACUUAAGUAUAAUAGUAGUACAUAUUUAAUGGUAUAAUUUAGAACUAGUUACCAUUUAAGAUGAAGGAAUUGAUAUUUGUUGUAAACAAAAUAUAUUAUUGAUUAUAAUUUUGUGAUAGUCGUUGUGUUUUUUACUUUUUUUAUUCUUGCCAACGAACGAAGGACUGAUGAGAUUUUUUAUAUGUAUAUUUUGAUUAAAUCUUUUCAAAAAUGCUGCAUACAUGUCGUGUAUUUCGUAGAACGGAGGUCAUUCCACUUGCUUUUAAGUGCUGUGCCGUUGUCACAAUGUCAUGACGUCGUGGUCAUAUUGUCAUUCGUCAGUCACUCAUUUGUGUCAAUUCGUAGAUGUAGUGUAUCGGUACCAUUAUAUUGCAUAUCAAGUGUUAAUUCUAUUUAUAAUGUAAAAAUGAGACCAACUAUAGGUUUACUCGAUUCAAUGUACAUACAUACAUAAUUUUCAUGUGACGAUGGCGAAGAUUAUGUACUUUUUAACAAAUGAUUGAUACAUAACCAUGAGUCCCAACAAAAAAAAAAUAGUUUAGAAGGUCCCUUAGCAAAAUUUGGCGCCACUUUAAUAUCAGUUUAACAGGGUUGGGCACAAAGAACCACGCCUAACUUAGUCGAUUGAAAUCGAUAAAGGUAAUUACAUCGACGAUUGAUUUAUAUCUUUUGAAUACUGAUGAGUUUAACUACGUUUAACAUUGUUUUUUGUAUGAAUAAUAGUAGCGUGAAUUUAAUUGGUUUAAAUUACAGAACAUGGUCAUGUAAGGGGUAGUUAGUGGUAAUUGCGAGUUGUAAAUCAAUUAUCUGUCAAGAAUGUUGCUGGUCUUCGCCGGUAACGUCAAAACUGUCAUGACAUUGUCCCAAUGUAAUCAAGUUAUACAAUUUUGCUGUUUGCAACUUUUGUUACUAUUGUAAACUUUAGUGUUACCCUUGAUGAUUUGUAAAAAUGUUGUAAAACGAAUAUUUGAUGUUUUAUGAUUCAGAAUUUCUUUGUAGGUUUGUUUGUAAUAAUUCGCCAUUAAUGACAUUUAUAGAUUACGAAUAGCAGUAAAUGAACCUACAGUAACAUUAUUUAACCAGUAUUUUGCUUGUACUUAUGAAGUAUUAUUUUUUACUAAGACUAUUUUAGCGCAUUUUUACAAAUAUCUAUGGGUUUAACAGAUUGACUUCGGAAUGGUUAACUAGAUAAUGUAGGUUAAUAUUACUGAAAUACUAUUUUGUAGACAAUUGAAUAGCAUUAGUGUACACUUAAAAUAGUAAAAGUACGAACUGAAGGUAAUCGCAGGAAUUACAGAAUUGGAGACUGUUUUUUAUGCAGGUCAUAUGCAUUUUUGGAUGAAACUGAAGUCAAGGCACGAUUUCGUUUUUGUUUUUACUACUGUAAAUGUUCAAUAGGCAGCUGCAAUUCUGUUAAGAACUAAUAUACUCAUCAUGCAAGAAUUUGUGACUAACGUUGUCGUUACUUCAAUUUAAAUUCUCUAGACAGGCAUUUCGUGAUUCAACUAAACCUUAACAGAUAAAAUUGAAAACGUUAAUAGGUGUAAGGGAUAUUUUUAUUACAUUCCUCAUAGUAAGUUCACUAGGAUGUCUACUAUUAGUAACAGGUCGUUCUUAUGGUAAUGGUGGUAGGGAAGAAUGGUAAUGUGAUCUCAUUGAAACAUGAAUAGUUUCUUUAAAAAACUUAUUUUUAUUAUGGAUCCAUUUAUCAUUAUAUAUAUGUUAAUUUUGCUACAAUAUACUUAAGCUACAUAAUAGUGUUUUAGUAAAUUGUUAAUUUUAACUUAGUGUUAAAAAAUAAUAUUUAUUAUUUUUUGUUGUAGGUGCCUAUUGUGGAAUUUUAUAUGUUAAAACAUUUUUUAUACCUAACAUCACACUAACCAUAUAAUGCACAUAUACGUGGUUUUCAAAGAAUGUUAUUAUUAUAGUUAAAUAUUUCAUGUUGUUCGUAAUUUUGUGCAAUAUAAAGUUUAUUUUUGUCGGCCACACUUGCCAAGUUGACAACGCUAAUUUUAAAUAUAUUUUUACCUGUGUUAUAAAUUGCAUAUGUUUUAUGCUUAUUUGUAAUGUUGAAUUCAUCUAAUACAGUUUAAAGUUGGUUUGUGGCUGGUUGCACUAUUAUUGGAUCUGAAAUAUGUAAUUGAAUAAAUGUUUCCCAUAUUACAUUGAUUAUAAAUAUAUUGAAAUUAAUCCUCACCAAAGAAAUUGAAUUAUUGUAAUACUCUGAUUAUAAUAAAUGAUCACUUUGGAUAUAAA